GGAGCGGUGCCGAUAUAAAAAUGUCGUCUAUUUGUUUAUUACCAAAUAAUGUUUCUUUUUCUUUUUAUUUCUCUCUGUGAAAAUAUCCCUACAGUUAUUGAUCAAAUCUCGGCAAAUCUUUUGAAUAAUAUCCAGUGAAGUUUCAUAAAUUUCAGUCGUAUAUACACUGAAAAUAAAACAGUGAAAUAUUUAACAAAAGCAACGAUAUAAUAGUCACCGGUUACCACUGAACUAUAAAAGGUUUUAAUAUACUGAAAGGUUAAUUCUAACUAAUUUGUUGGAGUCACCUGAACAGGUAUUCGUUAUAAUGGAAGAAAACGUCUCAGAAAUAAUGCAACGAAUAACAUUUUCCGUUGUGAAAUAUUUAGAAACUAAAACUGGGGUGUGUAAUGUGAAAUUACACGAACGAACUGGCACGACCAAAGAAGCCCUUUCUUCAUGGGAACAGAAAAAUUCCUGUUUACUUCCUGAUGAUCUAAAGAAUUAUUAUCUGACAAGUAAUGGAAUAAAACUGACCUGGUCUGUCAAAAUUGACAGUUCCAAUCCAUAUCCAUUAGGACUGAUGUAUUUACACCCAGUGGAUGACAUCAUGGAAAUAACUGGAAAGUCCAAGAACAAGGCAGGGAAAACAGUUACAAAAGAACAAGACUCUGACACAGAAUCAGAAGAUGAAGAUUCUGGCUUAAAGAAACCAUCUUUUACCUCCUCUUAUCGAAUAUUUGAGUUGGAUCCUUGUGCUGGACUUGGUAAGGUGUGUCUGGUUUACCGUAAUUCGCAUUCAGGUUGCAGUGAAAUCUGGUUCCUCGAUCGGUCUCUCAGAUGGCAUUUCUUGGUGGCAAAUUUCACAACUUAUUAUCGUUUGAUGUUGCUACAUCUUGGUCUGCCCCAGUGGCAGUACAUCUUCACAGACAUUGGCUUAUCAAUGCAGGCAAAGCAAUGGUUUAACAUAUAUGCUCCUAGCCGUAUUCAAACUGAUGUUUCCCAAGGAAGAACUUACGAACACGAUUUGAGGGAUUCUCUCUCGGUAACGCCAAACCAAUUGGACGUCUCCAAAAUUUUCAAAGGAAAGAAUGAAAAAAAAAAACCGCCUGUAGCUCAACAGAUCAAUCAAAUGGUAAAAAAGAGGGUAGUUCAGAACAGACAAACUGGCCUGGUCAACCCAAGACUUGUUCCUUUAAAUCAAAAUAAUACUUUAAAAGGAAGCAAAUAAAUGAAUGAUCUUCAAAAAUCAUUUGACACCUGCUUUUUUGGUGCUGGUUGUCAUGGUCCGAGCUGAUUCCUGUUUGAAGUUAGGAAUUCCCUGAUGGGUUGGAGGAUCAGAUCUCAAAUCACAACUAGUUGAGUGGAUGGAGGGACAUGUAAUUGGUACUACAUUAGACAAGAGAUUUAACACUUAAAUAGAGACAGGAGCAACACACCAUUGUCUGCUUGCUUCUGGGAAGACUACGAUGUU